UCUGUUGUUGUGGAAGUUCUCUGAGCACACACACUUGUUCCAUAACGGAGCAUUGGUGUGUUGUAUUUUUAGCCCAGUAUAAGGUGUAUGAGCUCAGUCUGAAGAUGUCUCUUAUAAAAGGUCUUCUACAGACAUCAAGCACAGUGACACUGCUGGGUACUGUGCUGUUUCUACUGGUCCUCUACCUCCGCUCCUCUGGUUCCAGCUCUGAGGAACAGGGGAAGGAGCCUCCAGGACCGAGGCCGCUGCCCCUGCUUGGUAACAUGCUCCAGCUGGACCUCAAGAAGCCCUACUGCACUCUCUGCGAGCUCUCCAAGAAAUAUGGUUCCAUCUUCACGGUUCACUUUGGACCCAAGAAAGUGGUUGUUCUGGCAGGAUACAAGAUGGUCAAGCAGGCGCUGGUCAACCAGGCAGAGGACUUUGGGGACAGGGACAUCACUCCUGUGUUCUAUGAUUUCAACCAAGGACAUGGGAUUCUGUUUACCAAUGGAGACUCAUGGAAAGAGAUGAGGCGCUUUGCCCUGACAAACCUUAGAGACUUUGGGAUGGGCAAGAAAGGGAGUGAGGAGAAAAUCUUAGAGGAAAUCCCCUACCUGAUUGAAGUGUUGGAAAAACAUGAGGGUAGGACAGCAGAUAUCUUAAAUAAACCCCUCGCCCCCACCCCCCCAAAAAAAGUUCCUGAACAACAGGUUUCUAGCUCUGACUUUGCUGAUAACUACUUUGAGAAAAUGAUUGGCACCGAUAUACAAAAUUAUAUCAAUAUCAGUACCAUUUUUGUGAUUCCUUAUCGUAUCGGUUUGCAUAAAAUAUUUUGCACCUGUGUAUGUUCACUUUUCUGUUCACUUCCAUGGCUCUUUGAAGUUCAGACAACUGUUAGCAGAUUGUCCGUUGGGCCAGGCGUGAAUAUUCUGAUGUACAACAUGUUUCCCUGGUUGGGUCCGUGGAUAAACAACCUGACACGUCUGAAAAAGAAUGUUGCUGAUUUGAAGAUGGAGGUGACAGAGCUGGCGAGGGGCCUGAAGGAGACUCUGAACCCUCAUAUGUGUAGAGGCUUUGUGGACUCGUUCCUCGUCCGAAAGAAGACCCUGGAGGAAUCUGGCAAAAUGGAUUCUUUCUACCAUGACGACAACCUGUUCUUUAGUGUUGGUAACCUGUUUGGUGCUGGUACCGACACCACUGGGACAACCCUGCGCUGGGGUCUGCUGCUAAUGGCCAAGUACCCCCAUAUACAGGAUCAGGUCCAGGAGGAGAUCAGCAGGGUUAUAGGAAGUCGUCAAACCUUGGUAGAGGACAGGAAGAACCUUCCCUACACUAAUGCAGUGAUCCAUGAGACCCAGAGACUGGCCAACAUUGCACCCAUGGCCGUCCCUCACACCACCAGCCGAGAUGUCACCUUCCAGGGAUAUUUCAUCAAAAAGGGGACGUCUGUGAUUCCUCUACUGACGUCGGUCCUACAGGAUGAUAGUGAAUGGGAGAGCCCCCACACCUUUAACCCCUCACACUUUCUGGAUGAGCAGGGAGGAUUUGUCAAGAGGGACGCCUUCAUGGCCUUCUCUGCAGGUCGUAGGGUGUGUCUGGGGGAGGGUCUGGCCAGGAUGGAGCUCUUCCUCUUCUUCACCUCCCUCCUGCAGCGCUUUCGUUUCUCUCCUCCUCCUGGAGUAACAGAGUAUGAUCUGGAUCUCACACCAUUACCGGGGUUCACCCUCCACCCUUCACCUCACCAGCUGUGUGCUGUGAGCCGGGUCUGAGAUUUGAACAUGAAAAUAUUGGUGGGGCAAAAACUCAAUCAAAAAAGCUAAAAUGCAUCAAAAUCACUACACAUUAAAUGUACAAUUGUAAAAAAUUAUCCCAGAAAUGAGCUUGCGCGACACACAAACAUUAUUAUAUUUAGUUUAUGAUCGGUUCAUAGGCUACUUCCAAUAUCUUUGACAUUUAAUUACACUGAAUACUACGGUUGUGGAACAUAUUUUUAUAGAGUGAAGUUUAUUUUACUUCAUUUUCAUCAUCGGUCUGCAGUAUUGCUAAAUUGCAAGUAUUGCUAAGAGUAUUGGGACGCAGUCCAACACGUUCUGAGGGUAGUUGCAUCCGCCUGUCUGUUAAUAAGAUAUUCCUGUUAAGAAUAAAGCAACAAAGUUUAUAAAGCUUC